AUGGCUAUGUCACUACCUGCUGCCUUCCUGUCUGAAGACCAGUUCACCUGCUCUAUCUGUCUGGACGUAUUUAACAAACCGGUCACAACACCAUGUGGUCACAGUUUCUGCCAAACCUGCAUUUCCUCCUACUGGGACGGAAACAAACGGAGUGCAAAAUUGUACCAGUGCCCUCUCUGCAAAGAGUCCUUCCUCAAGAGACCACAGCUCCAUGUCAACCUGACCCUGAAGGAAAUAACUGAACAAUUCAAGCAGAUGGCCGGCUCUCCUGUGGCUGAAAGACUUGGAGGAAUGGAGCCUUCCAGGUCCCCUUCCCAUCAUAAUCAACCACUGUCAUCCGGAUUCCAGAGGCAGGGGGAGAUGCCCGAGAACAUCUUUGCAGAAAUGAUGUCACGUUUUCAGCGCCUGCCAGACCCCGGGCUGCCUCACGCUGCACUCCCCCAAAGCCAGAGUCGAGAUGGUGCUCCCUUUGUCAGGACGGAGCAUCAUGACCCCCCACCGCCUUACCCCAGUGACUCGGAUCUGCCACCGUGCCCCAUCCACCUGAGAGGUCUGGAAUUCUUCUGUCGCACUGAUAACGUGUGCGUGUGCAGCACGUGUGCAGAGACGUCAGAUCACCUAGGACACAACAUCACCCCCGCCAAACGAGAGUGGCACUUGAAGAAGGCUCAGUUAGGUAUUACUGAGGCGGAGCUAAAGGAGCUCAUCAGUGAGAGAGAGAGGAAAGUGGAGGAGGUACACAGCUCCCUGCGAGAGAUAAAGGAUGCUGCAGAGAGAGAGACGGAUGGAGUCGUUUGUGCUUUUUCCAAGCUGAUCUCCAGCGUGGAGCACUGCCAAGCUGAAGUCUUGGAGGUGAUAGAGAUGACUCUUCGAGCGGCAGAGCACAGAGCUCAGAGUGUGCUGAGAGAGCUGGAAGAAGAAAUAGCUGAGCUUAAACGGAGGAGCACAACACUAAGUCAGCUGGCUCUGUCUGAGGACUACAUAUUCUUUCUCAAGACGUUCCCUGCCCUGUCUGCACCUCGGCAGGCUAAGAACUGGUCCGGAGUCUCUGUGUCAUCUCAGCUGACGUCAGGUGUGAUUCUCAGGUCUGUCAAUCAGAUGAUGGAGCAGUUUCACAAAGAGCUGCGAAUACUGCCAGAAAUCUGUCAGCAAUCGUCAUCACACCAGUCUUUAUCUAGACCCAACCCGAAGGUUAGGAGGGUUCAAGAAUAUGCAGUUGACAUCACUUUGGAUCACACCACAGCCCACCCACGUCUCACCGUCUCAGCAGAUGGGAAGAGGGUUCACUGUGGAGAUCGCCAUCAGGUGGUACCAGACAACCCGAAACGCUUUGACCGGGUAGUGUGUGUGCUGGCCAACCAGGGCUUCAACUCAGGGCGCCAUUACUGGGAGGUGGAGGUAGGGGGGAAGACUGAUUGGGACCUGGGCGUGGCCAGUCGGUCCAUCAACCGUAAGGGUAAAAUCACCGUGAGCCCCGCCCAUGGAUUCUGGUUUCUCAGCCUUCGGGAUCAGUCCGAGUUUGCCUUCAGAACAGAACCAUCGACCAACUUGACGGUUCACAUCAGACCAUCCCGGGUCGGAAUCUAUGUUGACUAUGACAAGGGACUGUUGUCCUUCUACAACGUAGAUGCCAAAGUGCUAAUGUUUACAUUCACAGAUAGUUUUUCUGACACCAUCCAUCCAUUCUUCAGCCCCUGUACAAAUAAAUCAGGACGAAAUGAGGCUCCACUAAUCAUCUGUCCUGUUGCAAUGACAGAAUGAUAAACUAUAUCAAGUGCUUCAAAGUACUGCUUCAAGACUUGGAUACAGAAACAUCUGCAACUAAUAACCGAUCAUUUUAUUCUUUGCAGCACAAUAAAGAAGA